CGCAGCGGCUCGGCGAGGCAAGUGUCGCGGCGACAGCCUCGUGCAGCGCUCGCGGAGAUUGGUCCAGGAGUGGGAGGAGAGAGCGCCUGCCCGGACCAAUGAUCUGCGAGCUGCAGGCCGCCGUGCUCGGGGGUCGCAGGGUUGUUGAUUUGUCCGGAUCGUGUGCGGAGACCGAGAAGAGAGAAACGCCAGGUCGUCGUAGGAUGGUAGAAUCUGAACUGGGACAAAAAGAAAACGUUGUUCGUAAUGUAAAAGGGAGAGUGAACGGAGAGACAGAGGAUAUUGAGCUCAAAGCCGUUAUCCACAAAGAUCCGGAGAAGCUCGAUCCAGAAAAGGGCAGCAAGCCAGAACAUUGUGAGAAGGCGGCCUUUGAAAAGGCGAUCGAACUAACAGGUUACGGAAAGUUCCACUACAUCCUGCUGUUCGUGUGCGGCUUCGUGUCGACCAGCGAAGAGAUGGACGUGAUCUCCAUGUCUUUCAUCCUACCCUCAGCCCAGUGCGACCUGGAUCUCAACACUCAGAAGAAGGGGUGGCUCAACAGCAUCAUAUUCAUCGGCAUGAUGGCCGGGGCGUAUCUGUGGGGCUCUGUGGCCGACUCCCUCGGCCGGAAGAAGGUGCUCAUCGCCAUCUCCAUCAUGAACGCCUUGUGCAUCGUAGCGUCCAGCUUCAGCCAGAGCUACGAGCUGUUCAUGUUCUUCAGAUUCCUCAACGGGGCAGCGCUCGGAGGAAGCGGGCCCGUGAUCUGGUCGUACUUCGCCGAGUUCCAGCCCAAGUCGAAGCGCGGUUCCAUGCUGAGCUUCAUGGCGGCCUUCUGGACGCUCGGCAACCUCUUCGUGGCGUGCCUGGCGUGGCUGAUCAUCCCGCACGAGAUCGGCGUGACCAAGGGCGCGUUCCUGUACAACUCGUGGCGCAUCUUCCUGCUGAUGUGCUCGGUGCCGAGCUUCAUGGUGGCGGUGCUGCUGUUCUUCCUGCCCGAGAGCCCCAAGUUCCUGCUGUCGCGCGGUGAGCACGACGCCGCCCUCGCCAUCUUCAAGGACAUCUACCAGUCCAACACGGGCAAGGACCGCGACACCUACCCGGUGAAGGAGUUGCUCGUCGAUGACUCGCAAGUGGAGGAGGCCAAGGAAGACGAAGACGUCGUGAUUGUCGGCAAGUGCAGGGACACUCUGAACGACAUCAUGGACAACAGCAAACAGAUAUUCCUGCCUCCCAUCUUGCGAUUCACGCUCAUCUCCAUCACCAUUAACCUGACGUUCCACAUAGGGUACUACGGCCUGAUGAUGUGGUUCCCGGAGCUGUUCAACCGCUUCAACGAAUACAACACGUUCCACCCGGGCCAGGAGGCGUCGGUGUGCGAGGUGACGGACUUUGUGGUGAACAUCGGCAGCCACUCCAACGUGGAUCUGUGCUCGGGCAAGAUCAAGGACCAGGUGUUCCUGGAGUCGCUCAUCACAGUCGCCUCCGCCAUCCCGAGCAACAUCAUCGCGGUCCUCGGCAUGGACCGGCUCGGCAGGAAGUUCUUCCUCGUGUUUAGCACAUUCACGUCUGGUUUGUGCGCGAUCGGGAUGUACUUUGUGUACAACUCGACGCACAACCUCGUUGUGUCGGCAGUCUUCAGCGGAGUGAUAAGCUGUGGCAACGCAGCCCUCGACUGCCUCAUCACGGAGAUAUUCCCAACCAACUUGCGGGCAACAGGAAUAGCUAUCUCGAUGGUGGCCGCUCGCCUUGGAGGUAUCUUUGGCAACGUCGUCAUAGCAACGCUGCUGGACAUGUAUUGCCCGGCACCGACCUUCAUUGUGGCAGCGCUCCUCAUUGGUGGCGGCCUGCUGUGCCUCUUCUUGCCAAAUACAACUCGUGAACCACUUUCUUGACACAUACUCAUCCCUUCUUUGAAGAUUAGUUCGAUACCCAGCGACUCGGCACAAGGUUCUGUGCUCAUCCAACAGAAAGUUGCCAAGGUGGUUAGAAAGAUGUGGGGUUGUGCCCGGCAGGAAGCAUUGCUACUGGCCAACGUCGUAGUUACUUCUUAACUAGCGUCUCGCAACACCAACCAUCUUCGUGUGUAGUGUCUUUUGACAGUUGCGUUCCUUACCAUCUGUUUGUGUAGCUAAGCCUUAAACGAACAUUUAUCGUGUACAGUCUUCAUGUCCACAUUAAUUAUGUACAUAAAUGUCCAUUCUCAUUUUUAUGACAAACGUAGAUGUCACAGUAGUUCUUUUUAUAAAUAAGUUAUAACUAUGCGAGUUUUAUUAAAAAAAAACUCUAAAAGUUGUCAGAAUACUAUUGUACAUAUGUAGUGUCGAAGUUGUAUGUAAUUUGUUAAAUAAUUCAAACUCAAUAGCUGGUACCUGACUUUUAUAAAUUUGAUGCCAAAGUUUUAUUCCUAUGGUAGUGAAACAAUAUUUGUAUAAUAGUUUGUUAUGAAAAUAUUUUCAAUUUUAAAAGUAAAAUUUGGAAGUAAUUUUUCAAAACAUUUGUUAACUAUAGAAUUUUAAUUAUGAUUUUGCUAAAAGUGAUGCAUUCAUAAAAUGUCACACACUUAUUCUAUAUGUAUACUUAUUUAAUCAAAAUAUAUAUGUGAGACAGCAAACAAGUAAAAUUUUGAUGAUGUUUUACAAUGUAAAUAAAAUUAAAAUACAUAUUUAAAAUGU